AUCCAAACUGCAAUCUGUCUUCGUUACAGGUUACAGCCAAAAUCACUGAAAAUAAAAAACAUGGCGAAACUUGUCUACAUGGCUUUACCUUUACUCGCAAAACCUCACAAAACCAUAGCCUCUUCUUCUUCUUCUUCAGAGUCAUUGAAGCUUCCCCACAGAACACGCAAAACCAACAUCUCCAUUCCCACUUCUACCAAAGUUACUACUAACCGUUCUGUAAAACCCCAGAAGCUUAAUUCAGAUAUUUCUCCUCACAGAGCUGUGUCAGCUGUGAGACUAAUGAGGAUUGAACUUGGUGGUGCUUUUGCUGACCUUCUCAAUGAGAAAGGGAAAGGUUCUGGUGAAAAUGAGAUGGGUUAUGUUCAAAGAACGCUUGGAUUUCGUACUCGAGAAUUAAAUCAUCAAGACCUUAGAUUGGUUACAGACAUUGUUGGAGGCACAAUUCGUUGGAGACGAUAUCUUGAUCAUCUGAUCAGUUCAUUGUGUCAUGAUAAAGAUAUAUCUAGUAUGGAGCCUCUUCUCUUACAGAUUCUACGAAUUGGCUUCUAUGAGAUUGUCAAAUUAGAUAUGCCCCCUUAUGCUGUUGUAGAUGAGAAUGUGCAGCUUGCAAAAGCUGCUCUCAGGCCGGGUGCUGGCAACAUGGUCAAUGGAAUCCUCCGAAAGCUAGUCAUGCUUAAGGAAAAUGAAACUCUUCCUUUGCCCAAAGUGGAGGGUGAUGAUCGUUCUCAAGCACGUGCUCUGGCAACUCUCUACUCACAUCCAGUUUGGAUGGUAAGGAGAUGGACGAAGUAUCUGGGCCAGGAAGAAGCCAUUAAACUGAUGAUAUGGAACAACAGUGAACCGAGUUAUAGCUUAAGGGCUAAUCGGGCAAAAGGUUUUUCAAGAGAUGACCUUGUGACACAGCUUAAUGUAUUGAAGGUCCCACACCAGCUUUCAUUGCAUUUGGAUGACUUUGUUCGCAUCAAAACUGGAUUGCAGACGGUCAUUCAUGCCGGCCUACUCAAAGAGGGUUUAUGUUCAGUUCAGGAUGAGAGUGCAGGUCUUGUAGUUUCUAUUGUGGAUCCUCAACCCGGUGAAACCAUCGUUGAUUGUUGUGCUGCUCCUGGUGGAAAGACCCUCUACAUGGCCUCUCAUUUAAGUGGACAAGGUAUGGUGUUUGCAGUUGAUGUAAAUCGUGGUAGGUUGAGAAUUCUUAAAGAGACAGCAAAGUUGCACCAAGUAGAUGGUGUCGUUACCACCAUCCAUGCCGAUCUUCGUACAUUAACUGACGGUGAACCACUUAAGAGUAACAAAGUUUUGUUGGACGCACCAUGCUCAGGACUUGGAGUUCUUUCAAAGAGAGCGGACUUACGUUGGAACAAGAAGCUGGAGGAUAUAGAACAAUUGAAGAUAUUACAGGAUGAACUCCUCGAUGCAGCAUCCACAUUGGUAAAACCUGGUGGAGUAUUAGUUUACAGUACAUGCUCCAUAGAUCCUGAAGAGAAUGAUGAGAGGGUAGCUGCAUUUCUAGUAAGACAUCCGGAUUUUCACAUUGAUCCUGUAGAUAGAUAUGUUACACCCGAUUUUGUGACGCCGAAUGGUUUCUAUUUCUCCAACCCUGUAAAACAUUCGCUGGAUGGCUCCUUUGCAGCUCGUUUGGUACGCGCUUUAUAAAAUGAAUUUCAGAGAAAUCCUUGGUCACUCUAUCUUGAAUUCAAUGAAAUCGACGAGGCUGCUUACAAGUUGCUUGUGAAAUGGUUUGUCUCUCCAAUUCUUAAUGCUUUGAAAUCAAGCAUUUACCUUCAGUGGGAUACCACACUUCCAGAAAAAGGAUGACCAGCAAUUCGACUUUCAUCACGCACUUCCAAAUUGUAGGAUGAUGAAUCGACGAUCUUUAAAACAAGUACAUAUGUUACAGGAGCGAAAUGUCGAAGAUUCAAAGAUAUCUCCAAAUUCAUGUACACUUUCAAAUUCAAGUACAACUAUCUUAAUAGGAAAGUUUUGUGAGCUAAAUUACCUUAAUGCAUAUAUACUUCUGCAGCUUCAAUAAAUUCCCUACUAGAAUAUGUAUAGGGACAUAUUAUUGGAGUAGUGGAGUUUGUUAUUAAUGAUAAUUAUAACAUUUAGACACAAUGAGCUUGUAUUUGAGAUUUAACUGCUUAUUUUGGAAUAUCAAACUCUCUGUUAUCAUUGCCAA